CGGGUUUCGGUGGGCGACGCGUCGGGCGGGCGUGGUCCCACGGCGAACGGCCGCCGGGACGCCGCGCCGCGAAGACCCUAUAAAAGCCCGGCCGCCGCCGGCCGCCGCCAGUUCCUCUUGCCACGAGAAACACGCACUUUGCAUCCACCAUGAAGGUCAUCGCCGCCGUCCUCUGCCUGGCCGCCGCCGUCAGCGCUGGCGUCGUCGCCCCCGCCACCACCCUGGUGCGCACCCCCAGCCUGGACUCCGCCGUCAUCCAGUCCGACCGCGUCGGAGGCAACUUCGCCUACAGCACCGUCGAGGGCCACGCCUACGCCGCCGUCUCCCCCGUCGUGCAGAACGUGGUGCAGCCCGUCGGCGUCUCCUACACCGCCCACCAGGUGCCCGUCGGCGUCGCCUACUCCGCCCCCGCCGCCGUCGCCGCCUACCCCUACGGCGCCUACCCCUACGCCACCUCCUACGCCGCCCCCUACGGCAUCCCCGCCGGCAGCGGGCAUAUUAUUUUGGAGCUGUAG